AUGCCAGCGGCACGUAUCACUGAACCACAUAGUAACGCAGUUCUUCGUGUUGGAGAAUCGCAUGUUAUACAGUGGGACACAUCCUCGGUCCCGACAAUCACCGACAUAGUGUCGGCGCAUCUUUACAAGGGCUUUGGUUCUGACAUACGACUCAUCAAAACUAUUCCGAUCAAUCGCAAGGCAUCGAUUGGAUGUUCGGAGCCCUUUAUCGUACCCGAAACUUCAAGGGGUUAUGAUUAUUUUUUCAACCUGAUCGGUAGCAACGGAGAAACCUUACAAAGUUAUUAUUUCAACAUCGCGAUCAACAAAUAA